UGCAAACCCAUAGCUUUCCCCACUUCUCACUGCAAGCCACGGGCCCAGGGUUCGAGAAGCAGGGCCUCUCGAGGAAAGAUGGAGCCCUUCAAUAACUUGUAUUCAAUGGGCUCCAUUCUGGGGAUUGGAGGCUAUGGGUGGAUGUUGGAAGGACACCGCCAGUCUGAUGGUCUGCCGAUGUGUAGAGUCCAAUUCAGGAGGGCAGCUUCACUUUCAGCCAGCCUGUCAUCUUUGAAUUCAUUAAGUUUAUUUGAUCAUUUCUAAAGUUAAUGACAAUGCCUCUAAUUGAACUCUUUUGCUUUCUGUCCAGGUGGCGAUAAAAUUCAUUCCCAGGGAGAUGGUGAACGACUGGGUGGAAAUACCCCAGGAGGAGGGGAGGCUGCCCCUGGAAGUUGCCCUGCUGAAGCUCGUUGGUAGAGCUCCGGGAGAUCCCAGGAUCAUUAAGCUCCUGGAGUGGUUCGAGCGCCCCGAGGUGAUCCUGCUGGUCCUGGAGCGGCCGCAUCCCUGCAGUGACCUCUUUGACUUUGCGCAUUCCCAGGGAGGCCUUCUCAAGGAGCACACAGCCCGCAAUCUGAUGCACCAGCUGGUGGGGGCGCUAGACCACUGCCACAGACGAGGGGUGCUGCACAGGGACGUGAAGCCCGAGAACAUCCUGGUGAAGACUGACGAGUCCCUGAAACUCAUCGACUUCGGCUGCGGGGAUCUGAUCCAGGACUCAGUCUAUACAGAGUUCGCUGGCACCCCUCAGUACGUCUCCCCUGAAUGUGUGCUGCAGCAGCAGUACCAUGCCUUUCCUGCCACCGUGUGGUCCCUGGGGGUCCUGCCGUUUGACCUGGUGUGUGGGCACCUCCCCUUCCGAAAGGACAAGGACAUCAUCCGCGGGGUCCUGAACUUCAACAAAGGCGUCUCUAAAGGUGAGUUCAUUAGGGUGCUUCAGGUUUAG